AUGAAAAAAGAUAAGUGUCUAGGCAGAAUUGUCAAACCAUAUCUUAAUCCAAUUUCAAACGAUGAAAUUCCUCCUUAUCUAUGGCAACAUCUUAUUGAAUGCUCUGGCGGUCAACCAUUUGGAGCAACACUUUGUUCAGUUUACGAUGCCAACGUUAAUAAACUUGAAAGAGAUUAUUCAACUAGUGAUCUUAAUUCACUUGUUGAUCAAAUUGCAAACGAGUUCAAUCUUGAACGAAAUAGAGUUCAAGAUUAUUUCAAUCGUGCCAAAUGGUCUUCGCUUUCCAAACAGCUCUUCAACAGAAUUGAUAUGAAUCAGCCAAUUAAUGGAUAUAGAGCUGCUUCUUUGGGUGGCACCAUUAUUAAAAUUACAAAAGUUAAUGGCGUCUAUUACAUUAAUUGUCGUAAGGCUUUUGUUUCUGCAAAGCUUCAGCACAGCUAUUGGCAAGUUUACCUUGGUCAAAUGCAAUUUAUCCAAGCACCUAUCGAAACAUGGCAAGCACUCCCUCCUUGCGCAUUAAAUUAUAUUUAUUAUGAGCUUAAUAGCAAGAUUGAAGGCUUCCUCAACGUUUAUAAGAAUAUCUAA